AUGGCAGACCUUGAUGGGAAUGACAAAAUUGUGGGGGUGGAUGAGCGGACGGGAGGGGGCAGCAAAUCUAUCGGCGGCAGCAAAGCCAGCGUCCAGGACGAGAUCGAGGUUGCGAGGAUUGAGAAGGUGUACAGAAAAAUCGAUCGUCGCAUCAUCCCAGCUUUCUGGAUUCUCUACUUCCUCUGCUCAGGAAUCCGCUCCAACAUCGGCCUCGCUCAAACCAUGAACACGUCGUCGGGCAACAAUCUCAUGCAGAAACUCAAUCUGACCUCAAAGGAGACUUCAACGGCUCUAGCCCUCUUUUACGUCGCCUUCGUCCUCUUCAACCUCCCAUCCAGUCUUGUCAUGACCAGACUCAGCCCAAGAGUGUGGAUGGCUAGGAUUGUAUUUGCUGUUGGUCUAGUCGGGGCUUGUUUUGCUGCUGUGAAGGCUGCUUGGAGUCUUCUGCUCCUCAGAUUUAUCUUGGGCGUAGUGAUCGCAGGUCUCUGGCCAGGCAUGUCUUACUACCUGACACUCUUCUACCCUCCCUCCAGGACCGGCCAGCGGAUCGGCUACUACUUCACUGCAGCCCAAGUUUCCGCCGCAGUAGUUGGCCUUGUGUCUGCUGGCUUCCAAGAGAUGGACGGCUUGGGAGGCCUGGUCGGUUUUCAAUGGAUGUUCCUACUCUGGGGUCUUUGCGGCAUCAUUGUCGGUGUUAUCCUGCUUUGGUGGCUUCCAGACCGACCUUUGCCACCUGGAGAAACCCGAGUCCGCACCGGCUUGGCGAAAUGGAUCCCAUCGUCCCCUGAAGUCCUCCACGGGGAAGACGCAGAGAUCCAUUACAGAGACUUGACGAGAGUCUACCACCCCAGACCGUGGACACUCAAGGACCUUGCACAGGUGAUCAUGGACUGGCGUCUCUGGCCUCUAAUCAUCAUGUACUUCGGUGUCGUCGGUGUCGGAUUCGGCGUCCAGCUCUACGCAACCGUCAUCAUUUCUGGAAUCGAUCCGUCCUUCUCUGGCACUACUCUGAGUUUGCUAGUUGCUCCAAUCUGGAUCAUGGACCUAAUAGCAAUCCUCCUCGUGACCCCAUUGUCCGACCGCUUCCACCACCAUCGCGCUCUCUUAUUCACUCUCGCAGUUCUCGUCCAAAUCGCCGGUCUACUUACCACAACCUUCGCGCCACGCUCCCAGCCCUGGGCCCGCUACGGCGGGCUCCUGAUGAUCGGCUUCGGUCUCGGCCCAACAGUGCCUAUCUGCAUGACCUGGAGUAGCGAGAUAUUCCAGCCACGCCACGGCGAAGUCGGCGUCGCCUCUGCCGCCGCCUUGGUCUCCGGGCUUGGGAACCUAGGAAGCGUAACCACCACGUACGCGCUGUAUACGGGCUGGCCGUCGGAUGCAAAGAGAGGCCCGAACCAGUACCGCAAGAGCAACCUGACGAUGAUUGGGAUACUGUGCGCCAGCAUCCUCAGCAGUGUUGUGUUGACAGUGGCAUUGAAGGUUGUGGGGAACGGCCCGGUUGCGAAGGUUACCGUGGGCGAGGAAUUCGAGUCCAGUGAUUUCCAGGACGGCGCUGCGAAACGCGAGCGUCAGCAGCGAGGCUUUGGAAAGAUGUGGUGGAGCAAGAGCUCUUAG